AUGUUGGCGACUAGUAUGCCGGAUACUGGAGACAUAUACAAGGCUUCUUCAGUGGCCGAGAUACGAGCCACGUUGGCAGAGUUGGGCCAGCAAGAAGCUGCCGUGACUGCCCGUCUGGAUGCGCUGCUCGCAUCGCAACGCGACCUCUCGCGCCAAUUGACCAAGCUCGACCUUGCACGAGCACAUCUAGGCUCUCAAGUCAUCCAGACCCGAUCCAUUAGCAAUGGCAUGCUCUCUUCGGCUGCCUCGACAGCCGCCCGCAUCUCCGGUGCCGUCAACCAACUCGAUCGCGAACAAGCCGCCGUCAAGUCCACUUUGAACGUUGUCGACCAAGUCGCCGAGCUCAAAGCCUGCGUCUUGGGUGUCAAUGGCUCCAUGGGUGCCGCACAAGACUGGGAGACUGCCGCCGCGUACCUCCACCGCGCUUCUCAGAUCCCCGACCACGUCAUCGACGGUGCUUUCGCCCAAGAAAUCGUUCCUACUGCCGAAGUCCCCGAUGCCCCGCGAGUGACACUUACUGAAGCCUCGGAGAGUCUGUGUGGCCUGUUCCUGCGCGAGUUCGACCGGGCUGCGAGCGAAGGAGAUGGUCAGAGGGUCACUCGUUUCUUCAAGUUGUUCCCCCUGAUUGGCAAAUCAGACCAGGGCUUGGAUGCAUACGGUCGCUACGUCUGUACCGGCGUAGCUCAAAGAGCAAGGAACAAUCUAAGUGCUACCAAUCAGCGUGGGAAUGCUCUCUUCUACGCGAGCGCAUUGACCAAACUCUUUGAGCAGAUUGCCCUGAUUGUCGAUGGCCAUGAACCUCUCGUCGAGAGACACUACGGUCAGGGCUCCAUGGCCAAAGUCAUCGAGCGUCUGCAAGCAGAAGCAGAUACUCAAGGUGGCAUCGUGCUUGACGCCUGGGCUGACGAGCGCAGCCUCGCAAGGAAGAUCAAGGACGUCAAAUCAUAUGCUUUCUCUUUUCUUGUCCAGAGUUUCCUCCCAAGUCAAAAGUCGAGUGCCCAAAGGUCACAAUCGCCAGUCUCAAGUCGUGCUAGUGAGGAUGAGGGCGUCAACAUGAAGGAGGUCGAUACCCUCCUCAGUGAGACUGCCAUGAUGUUGAGCCGCUGGGCUCUGUACACCCGUUUCGUCGCUACAAAAAUCCACAAGGUCGCAGAUGCACUGAUCGAACCCUUCAACACCAUGACCACUUUCUUCUUCCGUCGUUCCGUCGAGAAGGCAUUCCAGAUGGACGAGUCACCUUUUGACCUGACACUCAACCCGAACAAGCCUCUGGGCUCCAACCCUCCCUUCAUCACCUCUGUAGUCGACGACGUCAUGUAUAUCGUCAACCAAGUACUGCAACGCACGCUAGCUACAUCACAAAGAGCUGUCGUCGCCAGCGUCAUGCCUUCUGUCAGUCGCGUACUGACAGGUGACUUCUUCGGCAUGAUUCAGCGCAAGAUGCGUGAUGAGAGCUAUCCCAAAGCCGCCAUCCAAGGAGCCCUACCACCAGAAAGCGUCAUCAUCUCUUUCUUGGUACUCAUCAACAACUUGGACAUCUCCACCGACUACCUCCGCCGCAUCGUGAACACCAAUCUCGGCAAAGUCGACCCCAGCAAUCCCGGCCAACAACAAACAGCACUGAGCAACAUCCUCAGCACAUUCCAAUCGAAGACCGCCGAUUUGAUCGCAGAAGCCAUCGAAGUGCUGCUCAAACAAGUCAUGCGGCCCCGCCUACGCCCCGUCUUUGUCGAAACAUUCCGCGAUGUCGAAUAUCUGCUCACCGAUGACGACGCUGCCGCAGAAAGCGGCGACUCGGAUGCAGCAGUUGCCCAACGCUUUGAGCGCGGCUGGAUGCAAUUCACACGUCCCAUCAAACGCAUCCUCACCGAACGAACCUACGACGCUUUGAUCACAAGUACCAUCGCCUACCUAGCGCGCGCACUCGAAAAGCGCAUUUGGAGCUACUAUGGCCGCCUCAACGAGCGAGGUGCUGCUAAACUCGAACGCGACAUCUCUGGGAUUGUCAAUGCUGCGGUCAAAGGAGGCAAAUAUUCGCUCAGAGAUGCGUUCCAGCGCUGUACGGAGAUGACGUUGAUACUGAACAUGGAGGAGGAUGAGUGGGAGGAGGUUGCUGCGCAGAGUAUAGAGCAGCAGAGGGAAGCUGGUUUGGAGUGGCAUUUGGAUGCUUCCGAGCGGGCGAGGACUAGGAGCAUCAUGACUGAUUCGCGAUGA